CAGUCUUCUUUCGUCGUGGUGAUCUCGAGGCUGUGUCGCGCAGUCUAUUACUUUAUUUUACUUACAUUUUGAAACUCUUCCAUCAAUAUUCAUCAAUUAAUAAAAAGAAAAUGAAUAUAUAUCCUGGAUGGCUUACUCAAUUGAUCCUGACUCUAUUAAUCAUCGAAUCAACCCAAUCUCAGGAAACGAAUUGUAUAAAUCCCAUAAAUCUACCAGGACAAUGUAUUAAUAUUAGAAGUUGUUCACCACUGUUAGAAUUACUCAGAAGUUAUGGUACUUCUGUGAGUGAUUUCUUACGGAAUUCCCUGUGUGGUUUUGAUGGCCGAGACCCAAAAGUAUGCUGUCCAAUAAGUGAAAGUAAUUCCAAUGUAAAUCAUGAAUUCCCGACAACACCGUCACCACCACGACCCACACUACGAAACUCCUCAUAUGGUCCACUAUUUCCACCUCAAUGUGGUAGUUCUAAUGGUCCGAUACCUAAAGUUGUUGGUGGAGUACCAGCAGCACUUGGUGCUUGGCCUUGGAUAGCCGCUUUGGGGUAUCGAUCUACUAAACAUCCAAAUCGACCAUCAUGGCUUUGUGGCGGAAGUUUGAUAUCCUCACGUCACGUUCUGACGGCUGCACAUUGCGUUUAUCAACGUCGAGACCUAUAUAUCGUUCGUCUUGGUGAUCUUAAUCUUGACGAUACCGUUGAUGACGGAGCUAAUCCAGUUGAUAUUUUAAUCGAUACAGCUACUAUUCAUCCGGAUUACAGUCCUAAUCAUUAUACCAAUGAUAUUGCCAUGAUAAAAUUACAACAAGAUGUUCAAUUUACUCCAAAUUUGCAGCCGAUAUGUUUACCAUUUGUGAACGAGCUUAUCAACAAAGACUUUGUCUAUAGUGUGCCUUUUAUUGCUGGUUGGGGAUCAAUUUAUUUCCGAGGGCCUAGUUCUUCAGAUUUACAGCAGCUUCAGUUGCCUGUAAUUGAAGAAGAAAAAUGCGUAAAUGCUUUCAAACGAUUUAAAACUGCAGUAAUUGAUAAUCGUGUUAUGUGUGCUGGUUAUGCUAAAGGUGGAAAAGAUGCGUGUCAGGGAGACAGUGGCGGGCCUCUGAUGUAUCCAGUAGGAAGAUCGUUUUAUAUUAUCGGUGUUGUGUCUUAUGGAUAUCGAUGUGCUGAGCCCGGAAUACCAGGAGUAUAUACAAGAGUGGGGGCAUUUGUCGACUUUAUAACAUCUAAUUUAAAUUAAAAUUGACCAAUGUGCCUUAGAAAAUUUUUCAACGACUUAAAUUUAUAUUUAAAUAUAAUUGCUAUGUGUUAUUAAACAAA